AUGGACUCCGAUACUAUAACCAUCGCCGUCAUGGGCGCCACAGGCAGCGGCAAAUCAACUUUCAUAAACCUCGUGAGCGGGUCCUCCCUCCCAACCAGCUCAGGCCUUCGAUCAUGCACCGCCUCCAUCCACGAAACCCCUCCCUUCGAACUGGACGGCAAGAAAAUCGUCUUAAUCGACACACCAGGGUUCGACGACACAACCAAAAGCGAUACCGAAAUCCUCAAACUUAUCGCUGACCACCUCGCUAAUUCGUACCGCCAAAACAACCACCUCUCAGGCCUCCUCUUCCUCCACCGCAUCUCCGACACGCGCAUCGGCGGCAUCUCCGCAAAAUCCUUCCGAACACUGCACACCCUCUGCGGAAAACCAGCCCUCCCAAACCUAAUCAUCCUAACCACAAUGUGGGAUAUAACCGACUUUUCCCUCGCCGAAGCACGAGAACACGAAUUGGCCUCUGAAGAGAUGUUCUUCAAACCAGCGUUGGAAAAGGGGGCGAGGAUGAUGAGGCAUUUGGGUGGUGUGGAGAGUGGGAGGAAUGUGGUUAGGCAGGUGGUUUGGAAUUUGGAGAGGACGGGUGGGAGGAGGGUCGUACUUCAGAUUCAGAGGGAGGUGGUGGACGAAGGGAAGGAUGUCAGUGAUACCGCCGCAGCGGAGGAACUGGAUCGACAAAUGAAAGAGUUGAAGGAGAAGCAGAGGGUGGAGAAGGAGAAAGCUAAAGCCGAGGCUGAAGCUGCAAUGAGAAGACAAGAAGAAGAAGCUCGUAAACAACGAGAACUCGAGGCUCAACGCAUCCAAGAAGAGCUAGCCAGGGCAGAGGAGGAAAGACGGAGAGUGGAAGAAGACAUGAGACGGCAACGCGAAGAGCUCGAACGACGCAUGAGAGAAGAAGAGGAGAAUCGACGUCGAGAGGAGGAACGCAGGAGACGAGAAUUCGAGGAGCGAAUGGAAGCAUUGAGACGUCGAGAAGAGGAAGAAAAUAGGCGCCGCCAUGAAGAGCAUGAACGUCUGCAGAGGGAGCUUGAGGCACAGCGCAGGCGACACCAGCACCACGGCGGCGGUUGCAGCAUUCAGUAAUAGUUCACACCUUCACGUUAGUCCACCUUCACAUUGGUCCACUGCCCGCACUACGAGGCCGAAUUCGAGAGCUUGUAUACAGUCUAUGGUUAUGGCACAUGUACAAGUAUAGCAUAAAGCAUAAAGAUCAAACCUA